AUGUUCAACAAUCUCCAGACAUUUGCCGUCGCCCUCCUGGCAGGCUCUGCCGCGGCAAUCGAUUUGAAGACCGAUGAUGAGCAAUCUAUUAAGAAUGCGGCAGCGACUGCGGCCUUCAACACCAUGUCAACAUACACUUCCAACAAGACAGGACAUGUCCCUGGCAAACUUGAUGGGACAUGGUGGCUUGGCGCUCCCUUAUUCCAGACAAUGAUCCAAUAUUGGUAUUUUACCGGCGAUGCCUCCAACAACAAGGCUGUGAGCCAAGGCAUGUAUUGGCAGCGUGGCGAGAACGACUACUUCCCUGCGAAUUACAGCCAAUAUCUGGGCAAUGACGACCAAGUGGCUUGGGGUCUUGCUGCUAUGACCGCCGCAGAACUGGGAUACACUGAGGAUUCCUCGAUGCCCACAUGGUUGACAUUAGCCGAGGGCGUAUUCAGGACCCAAAUUGAGCGAUGGGAUACUAAGAGCUGCGAUGGCGGCUUGCGCUGGCAAAUCUUUCCGUUCCAGGCUGGUUACGACGUUAAGAAUGCCAUGAGCAACGGAGGACUGUUUCAGCUCUCUGCGCGUCUGGCCCGAUAUACCAAAAACCAGACUUACGCCGACUGGGCGGAGAAGAUCUGGGACUGGAGUGCUAGGGUUCCGAUCUUGGACACCACCGAAUGGAGGAUUGCCGAUGUGGUAGAUGUUAAAUCCGAUUGCGGGACACACUCUGAUUUGCAGUGGACUUACAGCUACGGAGAAUAUAUCAGUGGGGCCGCCUAUAUGUAUAACCUGACAAAUGGCGAAACAUCCAAGUGGAAAUCAGGACUCGAUGGUCUUCUCAACACAAGCUUCCACAAUUUCUUCCCGGAGAGGUACGGUGGCAAGAUCAUGGUAGAGACCAGCUGCGAGAUCAUUAAAACUUGCAACCGAGACCAGGAGGCUUUCAAGGGAAUUUUUGCAUCCGACCUUGCUGGUGUCACUCUUAUGGCCCCUUAUACCAAAUCCGAGAUCCUAGAAAGAUUGCAGGGCUCUGCCGUGGCAGCCGCCAAACAAUGUACUGGUGGAGAUGAUGGAACUGUUUGUGGCCUACAGUGGUACAAGGAGAAAUGGGAUGGUACUACCAAUAUGGAGGCACAGAUGAGUGCCACCAGUCUCUUUACCUCCAACCUGAUUGCCUUUGAGCACAUGAAUAUAGCGACCCAAAAGACACCAGCAUCAACAUCGACAUCGACUACUCAAAAUACGUCUAGCACUACUGAAACUGAAGGUGCAACUGCAAGCCCCAAGGUGUCGGGGGUCGCGGUCUUAGCCAUCGCAACGUGGUUUACUACUUACAACUUUGUUGUGGAUGUCGAAUCGCAGGGCCUCGAACUCGUUGCGACCACCAAGGCCAGUCAGAUUGCUUCCAAUUUGGACCUUCUCGAAACAACCUGCAAAACCAUCGCCACACGAAUCCUGAUUCAAUCAGCCUUGAAACGUUACUAUGCGGGAAACAAGUCCGAAGAGAAUUGGACCAACCCGAAAGUGGAUGUGCAAUCUGCCCUUGAUAGUCGCGGAUACUUGGACCUUUACCAGGCCAUCAUUUAUUCGAGGGACGACCAAGGAGGAGCUGGGAUCUUGUUAAACCAGACCAGCGACACUGUUCCGGAUAUCACCCUUCCAUACACGUACUCGAACGGGACUUCCGUGAAAUUGGGAAAUGAGGGACUGGGCUACCCGCCUGCCCUGUACCCAAAUCUGACUUACCACGCCGGGUCGGGCGAUAGCGAUUCAACGGUUGUCUAUUCAUUCCCCGAUUACAUACUUGGAUUGGACUCCGCACUGCUUCUUGGUCCUUUGAAAGUCAACAAUUCCUUCUCUCUCAUAUCAUUGACCUUGCCGAUUGUCAACAACACUUCAGAUACGGAACUCUUGGGAUUCAUAACUAUUGUCGCUAGUGCCGCGAAUUUACAGAGUGUUGUUAGCUCGCGAGAUGGAUUAGGAAAUAGCGGACAAGUUCUUCUCAUUGGACCGUCGCAACGAGCAAAUAUCUUCGCUUCCACCGAGCAACCGGCAACAUCCACAUCUGCCCCUCGUGCCGCCGAUCUUCAUGGAGCAGAGGUUCACUACGUCUUCGAGCCUACGCCUUUGCCCACUCAAGUUAACCGGCACAAUGGCAUGUCAACAGAUACGCCAUUUGUCCUUUCUACAUACCCGAUCGCUCUACGAGUCAUGUUGGAAUCAUACACGAACGAGAAUAAUGCCUUGAGUGACCUGUCCGGUCGAAACGAGCGUGGGGCGAAUGUUGCUGUGGGCGCAGUCCGUCCUCGAAACGCACUCGUCCAAUGGAUUCUUCUCGUAGAAAAAGCUCACGCGGAAGCAUUUACACCAGUUGCUAGAUUACGGAAGAUUAUUCUUGCAUGCGUUUUCGGCACAGCCGGUGUCAUUAUCCUCAUUGUCCCUCUGGUGACACACUUCGCAGUUGCUCCUAUACGAAGAUUGCGUGCGGCAGCCCAGAAAUCCGUCGAGCCUGAGACUACACCACACCGUCCUGCCUCGGAGCCACAACGGAUUGGGUUCGAAGUCGACGAUGGACAAAGUGGCUCAGUUGAGCAAAUUGUGGAACACAUGAAUGAGAAAGGCUCCCCUGCCACGUGGGCAAAACGCCUGCGACGUCCCUUGGGGCGAUUCAACAGUUCCACAACCACGAGCAGUAAAGGAAAUACCCGAGGGUUUCAGAUUCCGGCUAGGGUCAAAGAAAGAAGACAUUGUGUUACGGAUGAGCUCACGGAGUUGACCAAGACUUACAAUGAGAUGUCGGACGAGCUCACAAUCCAGUACAAUCGGCUGGAAGAGCGAGUGGCUGAGCGCACCAGAGAGCUUGAAAAGGCCAAAUUGGCCGCGGAGACCGCCAACGAGAGCAAGACAUUGUUCAUCGCUAACAUAUCCCAUGAACUAAAGACUCCUUUGAAUGGAAUCCUCGGCAUGUGUGCCGUGUGUAUGGGCGAGGAGGACCUAUCCCGGAUCAAAAAGUCGCUCCAGGUGGUCUAUCAGUCUGGCGAUCUUCUCUUGCACCUCUUGAAUGAUUUGCUCACAUUCAGUAAGAAUCAAAUUGACCAGGCUAUCCAGAUCGAGGAAAAGGAGUUCAAGUUGUGUGAUGUUCGAGCGCAACUGGCCAUCAUCUUCCAAAAUCAAGUUAAUGAGAAACAUAUUGAUUUUAGCGUCAACUUUGUUUCUGGUUGCGUGACCCAGCCAAAAGGCAGUGUAUGUCGCGAGAACGGAUUGGAACGGACCUCCUCAGGUCUGGGUUCAACACAGUCUGGCAGAAUGGCAGACAUGGUCCUUUGGGGUGAUCAACAUCGAAUCCUCCAGGUAUUGAUCAAUUUGGUCAGCAACAGUCUCAAAUUCACACCCGAGAACGGGAAAGUGGAAGUCCGCAUCCGCCUUGUGGAGGAUCAUUCGAAAGUUGAAAGCAAUGAUAUGGCUCUGAAAGAGUCACCUCGACGCCAUUCACGAAUACGGUCCCAGGCCGGCUCAAGUGUCAACUCGUCGAUGCAAGGCCCUGCCGAUGCGACCGAGAGCCCAACUAAAGCACAACGGGUAUCACAGUCCAAUCUUCGCCAGCUUAAAUUUGAAUUUGAAGUUCAAGAUAAUGGGCCAGGUAUUCCUGCCCAUCUUCACCGGCGUAUUUUUGAUCCUUUCGUUCAAGGUGAUCUAGGCUUGAAUCGGAAGUACGGAGGAACUGGUCUGGGUCUCAGCAUCUGUGCUCAGCUAUCCCGCAUCAUGGGAGGUGACAUUCUACUAGAGAGUGAAGAAGGCAAGGGGUCUCUUUUCACUUUGAGAAUUCCCUUGGGGUAUGUUAAAGAAGUGCCCCCAAGCACACAUACUUCAAGCAUCCCAGAAUCUCGGACUCCAAGUGUCCUAUCCUUGGAAGACUUCGCACAAACCGUGCGAACACCCUCAAAUCACGGAUCAGUUAGGAGCGAACCCCCUGCGCCUGGAUUCGAGAAGUCAGAAAUCCAACCACGUUUGGUUGGAUUGAGUCAACCAUUUUUCACCCCGACUGUUCCAUCAUCUCCUGCAUCAUCGCCUCAAAAGUUGCCAUCUAAUAAAAGCUCAUCCGACACGAAACGGAUCCGUGUAUUGGUUGCUGAAGAUAACAAAGUUAACCAAGAAGUAGUCCGACGGAUGCUCGCCCUGGAGGAGGUGUAUGAUGUGACGAUUGUCAAAGAUGGCCAGGAGGCAUAUGACACUGUCAAAACAAAUAUGGAGAAGGGAGACGUGUUUGACCUAAUCUUCAUGGACAUCCAGAUGCCAAUACUCGAUGGCCUCGAGAGCACCCGACUUAUCCGGCAGAUGGGAUACUCUGCGCCCAUUGUCGCAUUAAGUGCUUUUGCAGAAGAAAGCAAUAUCAAGGACUGUAUGGACUGCGGAAUGGAUAUGUUCAUAAGCAAACCUAUUCGACGACCUGCGUUGAAGCAAGUCCUCAGCAAAUUUUCCACCAUCAUUGAGGAAACGGAACAUUGCUCUUGA